GUAGAAAUAGCAGCGAAAGAAUCUGAACUUGCACUCUCUCUCUCUCUCUAGGCUCACUUUCCAUUUUCGAUUCGUUUCUUCCCGUAGAAAGCUCGGAGAAGACGACUACAGUCACCGACCUAGGUUUCUGUAUGGCUCUUAUAUCUCAGGCCGGUCCAUCCAAUUGCAUCCAUUCUGAGAAGGGAUCAUGGAAGUUUGGCAGCUGCUUUGGAAGCAAUAUGGAAAUUGUCAAGAUGAAGGAUACUGUCUGUUAUGGUUUCCGGUCCUUGUCUUCCUCAAAGAAAGCGCAUAUUUGGCAUAUGGAUAGUGUUAGAACUUGGUCCAAAAGAAAGCAUAAUAUGAUUGUUGCUGCAAGCCCUCCCACUGAAGAUGCUGUGAUCGCCACAGAGCCAUUGACGAAAGAAGACCUUGUGGGAUACCUUGCUUCUGGAUGCAAGCCUAAAGAAAAUUGGAGGAUAGGAACAGAACAUGAGAAGUUCGGUUUUGAGCUCCAAACUCUACAGCCUAUGAGUUAUGCACAAAUAGAAGAGUUGCUUAAUGGUAUUUCUGAGAGAUUUGAUUGGGAGAAGGUAAUGGAGGGUGACAAAAUUAUUGGAUUAAAACAGGGUAAGCAAAGCAUAUCACUUGAACCAGGAGGCCAAUUCGAGCUUAGUGGUGCUCCCCUUGAGACAUUACAUCAAACUUGUGCUGAAGUUAAUUCACACCUUUAUCAGGUAAAAGCUGUUGCAGAAGAAAUGGGAAUUGGAUUUCUAGGGAUCGGUUUUCAUCCCAAAUGGGGAAUCAAGGACAUACCUAUAAUGCCCAAGGGAAGAUAUGAGAUAAUGAGGAAUUACAUGCCAAAAGUUGGUACUCUUGGACUUGAUAUGAUGUUCCGGACAUGCACAGUCCAGGUCAAUCUUGACUUCAGUUCUGAAGCAGAUAUGAUUAGAAAAUUCCGCGCUGGUCUUGCUUUGCAGCCUAUAGCUACAUCACUCUUUGCUAACUCACCAUUUACUGAAGGCAAACCAAAUGGUUAUCUUAGCAUGAGAAGCCAUAUUUGGACUGAUACAGACAAUAACAGGGCUGGCAUGCUUCCUUUUGUUUUUGAUGACUCAUUUGGGUUUGAACAGUAUGUGGACUAUGCCCUUGAUGUCCCGAUGUACUUUGUCUAUCGAAAAAAGAAGUAUAUCGACUGUACUGGAUUGUCAUUCAGGGACUUCAUGAAGGGGAAACUACCACCUCUUAUAGGUGAACUUCCAACCCUGAAUGAUUGGGAAAAUCAUCUGACAACAAUAUUUCCCGAGGUGAGGCUGAAGAGGUAUCUGGAAAUGAGGGGAGCUGAUGGGGGACCAUGGAGGAGGUUAUGUGCCUUACCAGCAUUUUGGGUGGGUUUGUUAUACGAUGAUAUCUCUCUGCAAGCUGUCAUUGACUUGACAGCUGACUGGACCAAGGAAGAAAGGCAGAUGUUAAGGAAUAAGGUAACGAGAACUGGUCUGAAGACACCAUUUCGAGAUGGGAUGCUUAAGCAUGUAGCACAAGAUGUUCUCCAGUUAGCCAAGGAUGGUUUGGAUAGAAGAGGUUACAAGGAAACAGGAUUCCUGAAUGCGGUUUCAGAGGUUGUUAGAACAGGUGUUACACCUGCUGAGAAUCUUUUGGAGUUGUAUAAUAAUAAAUGGGGGAAAUCUGUGGAUCCUGUUUUCCAGGAAUUGCUGUAUUAAAAGUAGAACUGGUUGAAUGGAUGAGGAACCAGGCAGUGAUCAAGAGUAGCUUACCAUAGCAAGCAAAUACCAUAGCCAUUUUAUGGUUUAUUUUUUAAUGUUCUCUCAUGGGAUUGUUUGUUUUGAUUUGUUUGUGGGACAUGUAUGCUAUGUCCUUUUUUAUUUUGCUUGUCAUUCACAUCCACGAAUGAACAUUUCCUUGAUGGACUGUCUGCCUCAUGGAAUAGGAACUGCCCAAGAGCCCUAAUUGGUUUAUCACCAUUAACAAGGGUCUUGUAUGUUUGUGUUUCUCUUUUAGAGUAUCACUGUUAAAAAUGAUCAAAUAUUAUCAUAUUUUGAUCUUGUAAUCCAGUUUUAAAAUUUUACUG